AUGAAACAAGAGUCUUGGGAUGAUUUGCAUCUUGCUAAUGAGAAAUCAAUUACUAAAAUUUUAGAGACGGGGGAGUAAGUUUUAUUUUCGAGCUUGCUAUAUAAAUUUAAUGAAGUUAAUAAAAGAUAAGAAAGAACAAUUCUUAUAACAACUCAUAAUCUAUAUAAUCUCUCAAAAUUGACUGUCAAAAGAAAAAUUCCCAUUAAAAGAGUGUAUGGCAUAACAGUUGGUCUUAUUGGGACAGAAUUUGUGGUGCAUGUCCCCGAAGAAUACGAUUAUCGAUACUCAAGCUCAGAAAGAAGGGACUAUGCAGUUUUGUGCAUUAUUAAAGCUUAUUGCUAAUAAAACAAAGGAGCUGCACUCCCAAUAUUCUAUAAAGAUGAACUCACACUGACUGCCUAUACAACUACCAAAGUCGAUAAGAAAAAGGGAAUCAAUAGGUUACCAACAACUGGCUCAGAAUUGAUGAAUGAGGAUCAAUUCAGAAAAAGAUUGGACUCCCAGACUGAAGAACGAUUAUAAACAAGAGCCAAGACAUCUACAUUGUAUGCCAAAUAGAAAGGAGAAGUAGUGACAAUAGAUGAUUUUGAUUUAAUUAAAGUACUAGGCAGAGGAGCAUACGGUAAAGUUAUGUUGGUAGAGAAAAAGAGCGAUAAGUAGUAUUACGCAAUGAAAUCCAUUCGUAAAGAAGACAUAGCAGAUCCUGAAUAGUUAGAACACACGAAAACUGAAAGGAUAGUUUUGGAACAUGUGAACCAUCCAUUUUUGGUCUCUUUGAAUUGGGCAUUUCAAACCCCUGAAAAGUUGUUCUUUAUUACUUAAUUCAUGAAAGGAGGUGAACUCUUUUAGCAUCUUAAACACGUCAAAAGAUUUGAAGAAUCCAGAACAAAAUUUUAUGUCUCAGAAAUUAUUUUAGCAUUAGAACAUUUGCAUUCAAAAAAUAUCAUUUACAGAGAUUUAAAACCAGAAAACGUAUUAUUAGAUGAUCAAGGUCAUGUGUGUUUAACUGAUUUUGGGAUGGCGAAGAUAUUAAAAAAGAAUGAGUUGGCUAAAUCAUUCUGUGGUACACCUGAAUACUUAGCUCCUGAAAUUCUUCUUGAAACUGGGCAUUCAAUGGCUGCUGAUUGGUGGGCUUUAGGAAUACUCACUUAUGAAAUGUUGUAUGCACUUCCACCUUUUUACAACAAAAAUCAAGAUUUAAUGUUUAAACAGAUUUAGACUAAGGAUAUCAGUUUCCCAACCACGCCCUAGAUUUCCAUGGAAGCUAAGGAUUUUAUCUAGAAGUUAACAAUCAAAGAUCCCAAAUUCAGGAUAGGAUACAGUAAAACUGAAGAUGUGAAAAAUCAUGCUUGGUUUAAGGGAGUGAACUGGGAGAAACUGUUGAAGAAGGAGGUGGAAACCCCUUUCAAACCUUAGAUCUAGGGAGAGGCAUGGCUUGAAAACUUUGACAAGCAGUUUACUGCAGAAGAGGCAAUCAACUCUUAUGCUCCCGAAAACAAUUUAGUCAGUUAAGAUGAAUUCAGAGAAUUCGACUAUUAUUAAAAAUGA